AAGGAAUUUGUUCAUUGGGGUUUUUGUUCAUCAGCUCAUCCUUAGGGUGAGCAAUUUAUUACAAAUACUGAUUUCAUUUUUAAAAGAUUUCUAGUCGUUGUGACUUGUUGUGAGUCGUUGAAGACACAAUAUGAUCCUCAUUUUGGAUGAAAAACAACAAUUUAUUUUUCACUUGUCUCUUGGCCUGUUGAUUUUGCUGCAGUUUACAGAAUGUGAAAAAAUUAAGCUGGUCGGACCUUCGCGUUGCUCUGGCAGAGUGGAGGUCUUCUACCAAGACAGUUGGGGAACUGUCUGUGAUGAUGAGUGGAGCAUUGCCAAUGCUGAGGUGGUGUGUCGAGAGCUAAACUGUGGGACAGCUAUGGAGGCCAAAAACGAUGCUUUCUUUGGACGUGGAAAGGAUGAGAUCUGGUUGGAUGAUGUACAGUGUGUUGGGAAUGAGUCUUCCAUCCUUCAGUGUCAGCACAAACCAUUUGGGCAAAAUAACUGUGGCCACAGUGAAGAUGCAGGAGUGGUCUGUUCAGGACAUGUGCGGCUUGUCAAUGGAACUCGUUGCAAUGGCAGAGUAGAAAUUUACCACGAAGCUCAGUGGAAACGAGUUUGCAGUGAUUUGGGCAAACAAGCAGCUCAUGUUGUGUGCCAAGAAGCUGGUUGUGGCGAUCCACCCACUCAGACUGAGACAUUGUAUUUUGGAGAUGCACGUGCCCUGCCUGCAAUCAAAACCAUCUGCUCUGGAAAUGAGACCUCUGUCUCACAGUGCUCACUUCUAAAAGUCAAUGAAAGUUGUGAAGAUGCUACUGUUGUCUGUGGAAACAGUCAACCCAUUCGGCUGGUGAAUGGGACUAAUCGCUGCUCUGGUAGAGUGGAAAUCUACUAUAGUUCACAAUGGGGAACAGUCUGUGAUGACAGAUGGGGAAUGCAAGAAGCAACUGUCGCAUGUCGAGAGAUGAACUGUGGGAAUGCUCUCUCAGUCAAAUAUAAGGCUUACUUUGGGAGAGGUCAAGAUCAGAUUUGGCUGGAUAAGAUGGAGUGCACUGGUCAUGAGAUGUUUCUUGCUGACUGCCCUCACAAAGGUUUUGGAGUAUAUGACUGUAACCACAGUGAAUAUGCUGGUCUCGUGUGCUCAGAGACAGUCAGAUUGAUCAAUGGAACUGACAGCUGUUCUGGCAGAGUGGAGGUUUUCCAUGAUGGCCGAUGGGGGAAACUUUGUAGUAAUAACUGGGGCCUUAAAGAAGCUGCAGUCCUAUGUAAGGAGCUCAACUGUGGAGAUCCAAAAAAUUCCAAGGACAUCUUUUACUUUGGUGACAGCUCACUGCAAGGGUUCACAAGUAGAUGCUCUGAUAAUGUGAACUCUAUCAGCCAGUGUCAACUGCAAGAACACAGAGGGUCAUGUGAAGGUGUUUCUCUUGUAUGUUCAGGUAAUGCGAGAUUAACCGGUGGAUCCACUCAUUGUGAUGGACGAGUAGAGUAUUUCAAUAAAGGCCAGUGGGGGACUGUGUGUGCUGAAUCCUGGGACAUGAAUGAUGCAGCAGUGGUGUGCAGACAGUUGGACUGUGGGAAGCCUCAUAAGCUUAUUCAGCUUGGUCCUGGUACAGGAAACAUCUGGACUGAUCAAAUUAAUUGCAAUGGAGAAGAGUCUACAUUGACUCAGUGUCCAAUAGAACCAUCUCAUUGCAACAACACUGUAGUGGCUGGUGUUUUCUGCACAGGAAGCUUGGCGGUCCGCUUGGUUAACAGUACUGAUGAGUGCUCUGGAAGAGUGGAGGUUCGUCAUGAUGACCAGUGGCACACAGUGUGUGACACGGACUGGACUCUAAGUAAAGCUGGAGCGGUGUGUGAGUCGCUGCAGUGUGGACGUGCCGUGAAAGCUCAUGGUGGUGCUGUUUUUGGCCGUGGCAGUGGGUCAGUGGUGGAGGCUAGCAAUUCAUGUUUCGGCAAUGUGACAUCUCUUCAGCAAUGCUCAGUCGAAGGUUUUACAAGAGCAACCUGCGGGCAUGAAUAUGAUGCUGGUGUUCUCUGUGCAGAACAAGUCCGGUUGGUGGGUGGCUCAGGUGAAUGCUCCGGCAGAGUGGAGGUCUUCUAUAAAGGACAGUGGGGAACUGUGUGUGAUGACUUUUGGGAAAUGAGCGAUGCUGAUGUGGUAUGCAGACAGCUUGGAUGCGGUCAUGCCAUUUCAGCACCUGAAAGUGCUCAUUUUGGUAGAGGCACUGGCCCUAUAUGGCUGGAUAACGUAGCAUGCUCAGGCCAAGAGUCUGCACUUUCACACUGUUCACAUCCUGGUUUUGGACAAAAUAACUGUGAGCAUAAUGAAGAUGCCAGUGUUAUCUGCUUAGAAGCCUGAAAUCACAACGAACCCUGCUCCAGAGGUAAACUGGAGUGACGGAAAUGAAAUUAUCUACAUUAUAAUAAGAGAACACAUGUGUUUGAUAUUUCUCCCAUAAAUUCUCAGAUCACAAAUCUUCAUCUUCCCUAAAGUAGAUAUUAGGUCAUACUGCUGUGAAUAUCAAAAGAAAAUGGAAAUGGAAAUCCUCAUGGAAAUGCUUCUGACUUAUAUUGACUAUAAGUCGAUAUAAGUACUAUAAGUACUAUAUACUAUAUUGACUAUAGAUCAGUAACUUUGUGCUUUGUUUGCUCAGUUUUGUAUAAUUGUUGAUAAAUUUAACUCUUUCUGAUAUACAUGUCAUGAUAAACAACUUUUUUGCCUUACUGGAAAGGCCCAGCAUCUCCCUGGUGUCACCUCGUACAAUGGUGAUCUAAAGUUGACACAAUAUCAGUCACUUGAGGCAGCACCUUCACUUGCCUCUGUUCAUUUCAUACCUGUGAGUUCUGUACAAUAGAAUAUGACACCAAGGAGAGCAGAUCUCUCUCUACAGUGUUAGCAUCUCCAAAAAGUCCUUCUGUUCUUUUUCAGUUAGGACCCUCUAUAUCGCUGCAAUAUAAACCAUUUAUUAUAGACCUUAGGGUGACUUUUGUGAUCUGGCAUUAUAAAAAUAAAAUGUAAUUGAAUUA